AUGGCCCUGCCCAGCAUCACCACUACAUUCGCGGGCAACGGCAAUCUAGGGCUCCAGGUUGGAUACAACUCUGGUGCUAUUCACUUUGGGGCUCCCGGCAAGUGCCGCUCCCGCCUUCACCGCCCAGAGACUCCACUAGAGCCUGUGUGCUUCGUACCGUUCCGCCGCGACCCGCACUGCAUCGCUCGAGGCACACUGCUCGACCAGAUCUGCAAACGAUGCGCUGCGCCGGCAUCGCGAGUCGCGCUUGUAGGUCUUGGUGGUAUGGAUAGGUCAACUGCACCCCAGAGCAGCGCGGCUAGAGCAGAGCAGGUCAAGAUCCGUGGUCGCAAAGAUCCGCAUGCGGACGUGUUCAAGCUAGUCCACGACUGGCUUAGGAACAGAAAGAAUGGGCCGUUAGUGCUCGACAAUGCUGAUAAUACGGGUGUCCUUUCUCCAAUCUCCAGCCAGAGUGCGAAAGCGAACCGCGCCAGUGUUCAGCGGCGCAUCUCAAGCUACUUACCUCCCAGCAGCCACGGCUCAGUCCUCGUCACCAGCCGGACAAGACGCGCGGCGACGCAGAUCGUAGGGGACGGCGAUGUCAUACCAAUAGAGCCUAUGGACGAUGCAGCUGCACAGAAUCUGCUUCGCGACAAGUUGGGAGACGAAGUCAGCAGCAACGAGAGCAUUGCCGAGAACAACAGCAUAUAA